GGAGAAGUGUUUAAUCUCGGAUCCGUGGAAGGAAUUGGCUUUCUCAGUUCAAAUGAGGAUAUUUUAGCGAAAUUUAGGCAGCAUUUUUGUAAGUUUGUUACGGCGUGAUUAGGAUACACUUAUAUUAUGUUGACUUUCGGCUGUCCUAUAACGUUUUUCCUUAGUCAAAACAAGCAGUCAUGAUGUAUAUGCUUUGAGCCGGGGAGAUUUGCAGCUUGUCAGUGCCCCUAAGUACGUUAGCUUGCGCGCGGAAAGCCAUAGCGAUACCCUAAGACAAGUGUCUGCUCCAAGGUGAAAAGAGGCAAAGGGGGGUAUGUGAUUUGAGUUGAGGGAAUGAAGUAUGUUCCAAAAUAAGUAACGAUUCCUUAUAAUCAAUAUUUCCUUUAAUAAAUAGCUUAUUGUUAGAUGUUAGCAUAUUUGGGAUUAUUUUUGAUCAGUGAAGUUGGCAGAGUAAAUUAUUCGCCGAAAAUAGAUUGACAAGCUACAAAUGUUUAGAAAUUCGGCUCUCAUUUAAUUCGAUCAUAGCCCACUUUAAUAAAAAGUUAUUUUAUAAUGUGGUGCACUCUUCCCUAUUGUGCUUUUGUAGAUACCCAAACCAAGAGGUACACCUAUCGCCACGUGCAAGCCCUAUUUAACAAGAAAUACAGUAAGUUGCUAUAAACUUUAGGCAUAAAGGGGUAAAUUUUGUCUUUCGUGACUUUCUGUCUGAAAACAACAAAGCCAUGGUCGAAAGGACUAACGUUCACCUAAGUAGAAUACGUACUAAAACUACUUUUUGCAUUUGAUUUAAAGGUGAAGCAAUUGGCAAGCCGGGUUCACGAGUACCUUAUCUAAAGAAGAACUUUGAAGUUCAGGGCCUGCCGGAUGGUAUAAUUUUUAAAAAGCCAUUCUGCUAUGGCGCACUGCAGUGUAGGGCCAUAAUGGAGGCAGCAGAGACGAUUGCCUUUGUUGUCAUGCAGCCCUCCACAGCCGAAGAAUCUCAACACCAGGCCAGUACAUCUGCUUCACACUCUGUGUCCGCUGAUGUCCCAUUGUUGGUCAAGAUUGUCAAGAAGGUUGCAAGUGACGUUAACGUAAACGACGUUAUUUCUGGGAAAAGGAUCCUAAAGGAGGAGGAAAUCAACGUGGAGGAUUGCGUGCUAGAUCAAGAAGAACGUCUGACCUUAUAUAGAAAUUGCAGAAAGUUUUUUGAUCGGGAUGCGUGGGCUGCAGUCGGCCAUAACACAAGGGAUUGCAGCAGGUCUCCUAGAGACCUCAUCUUUCCCUUGUAUACCGAAGCUGAAGAUGAAGACUUUUGGUUAUUUUAUUGCCAUCAGGAAGUCAUUUCCAAAGUAUUUAAUGGCAGGGAUUCGACAAAAUUAAAGGGUUACUGGCUAGAUCGUGUAGGUAACGGUAAAAGGUACCGAAUGCUUCCUGAGGAGGAUGAGAUAAAGGUAAAAUGGAUCGUCAAAACCGACCAUGGUCCUUUAUACUAUGAGCAGUGUUUAAAUGGCAAUGCCAGUGCAGCGGAGUUUGAACUUCCAGAUUUAUUUCAGGAUUGUAUAAGGAUCACUCUGCAACAAUAUGGUUUUUUGAGAUCUUAA